CUCUUUCCAUCUACCCCUCCUCUAUAUACGCUGUCAGCAGACAAGACAGGGGAAGGGGAAACCAGACAUCUCGAAAGGGUUUUGGGUUCUGCAAGGGUUUAAGGUUUAAGCAAUUGAAACCAAGAUCAAAACAAAAAAGAAACCAUUUUUCACAAAAUUUCCUACCAUGAAAAGAGCUUCAAUCUUACUUCUCUCUCAUCUUACUCGCCAAAAACCUAAAACACUAACCCCUCUUCUCUCCAGAAACUACUUAUCAUCUAACACCACAAACACACCCUCCUACUUCUCACUUCAUUCACCUACCAAUAAUCUCAAAUCCUGCACGAAAACCAAUGGCCUUAUUAUCAAGCCCCACCAAUCCCUAGCAAACCCAUCUCGAAAUAGUGGUACCCUUGUUGAAACAACUCCUCAAAUCUCCUCUAGGCAGAAGAAAAUCAGGGAAAAAUCUCAAAUUGAAGAGGCUUUUGAGUCUGCAGCGACAGUUGAGGGCAUGCUUGAAGCUUUCAAAGAUAUGGAGGUUUGUUUUGAUGAGAGAGAACUUGGUUUGGCUUUAUUGAAAGUUGGUCUUAAACUUGACCAACAAGGUGAGGACCCUGAAAAGGCUUUAACUUUUGCUACUAGAGCUUUGAAAGUUCUUGAUAUUGGUGAUGAUAAGCCUAGUUUUCUUGUUGCUAUGACUUUACAAUUAAUGGGUUCUGUUAGUUAUAGUUUAAAAAGGUUUAAUGAUAGUUUAGGGUAUUUAAAUAGGGCACAGAGGAUACUGGGUAGGCUGGAGGAGGAGGGGACUACUAACGUUGAGGAUAUUAGGCCAGUGUUGCAUGCUGUGCUGCUUGAGUUAUCAAAUGUGAAGACUGCGAUGGGGAGGAGAGAGGAGGCCAUAGAUAAUCUUAAGAAGUGUUUAGAGAUCAAGCAAAUGACUAUGGAUAAAGGCAGUAAAGAAUUGGGUGUGGCAAAUAGGGAACUGGCAGAGGCUUAUGUUGCAGUUUUGAAUUUCAAUGAGGCUUUGCCGUUUGGUUUGAAGGCAUUGGAUAUACAUAAGAGUGGACUUGGGGAUUAUUCUGUGGAGGUUGCAUAUGAUAGGAAGCUUCUCGGGGUCAUAUAUAGUGGGCUGGAGGAACAUGACAAGGCGUUGGAGCAGAAUGUGCUGUCACAGAAGGUUUUGAAGAGUUGGGGUCUUAGAUCAGAAUUGCUUCAUGCUGAGAUUGAUGCUGCUAAUAUGCAGAUUGCAUUGGGCAAGUAUGAUGAGGCCAUUAAUACUUUGAAGGGUGUUGUCCAGCAGACAGAGAAAGAUGGGGGUACUCGAGCAUUAGUGUUCAUCUCUAUGGCAAAGGCACUAUGUCAUCUAGAAAAGAUUGCAGAUGCAAAGAGGUGUCUGGAAAUUGCCUGUGGAAUUCUUGACAAGAAAGAAACAGCUUCUCCAGUUGAAGUUGCUGAGGCAUACUCAGAGAUAGCAAUGCUAUAUGAGAAUAUGAAUGAGUUUGAAACGGCAAUUUCAUUGCUAAAGAGAACACAGUCUAUGCUCGAGAAGCUCCCACAAGAACAGCAUUCAGAAGGAAGUGUUUCUGCUAGAAUUGGGUGGUUACUUUUGUUGACAGGUAAGGUGACUCAGGCAAUUCCUUACUUGGAGAGUGCUGCUGAAAUGUUGAAGGAGAGCUUUGGGUCCAAACAUUUUGGAAUUGGAUAUGUCUACAACAAUUUGGGGGCGGCGUAUUUGGAAUUGGAUAGACCACAGUCAGCUGCACAGAUGUUUGCAGUUGCAAAGGACAUCAUGGAUGCAGCUCUUGGUCCUCAUCAUGCAGAUUCAAUUGAGGCAUACCAGAAUCUCUCGAAAGCAUAUAGUGCCAUGGGAAGCUAUACCCUUGCCAUUGAAUUCCAGCAGCGAGCAAUAGAUGCCUGGGAAAGUCAUGGACCAAGUGCACAUGAUAUGCUCAUGGAAGCUCGUCGAAUUCGGGAACAACUAAAGACAAAAGCUCGUGAUGCAUCCACAAACCAGCUGCCUACAAAAGCCUUGCCCUUGCCUCACAGUAGCCCCUCUGGAAGAAACGAAGAAACUUACAUCAUGACAUCCCUCUCAGCCAGAAUCAAACAAGCUUAACGUAGCCUGAUAAACAUCCAGCACUUAGCUUUGCUGAGGCAAUAGCUCAUGGAAUGAUGCUUGCUGAGCAAGGGUUGCAAUGGAGACGGAGGGGAUUAUACGUGGUUACUGCAGUAUAAAAUUUUCACCUUGAAGAUCUUGAUGAUGAUGAUGAUGAUGAUGCGAUAGGCCACAAUGGGACGUGGGUUGGCUCUGUGUAAUGUCUAUCCUUACUGGGUUUGGGCUGGGCUGUACAUCGUUUCACGAUUAUUACGGAGUCGUUUCGUGACACCACCCGAACAAAAGAUUGGCUAAUUAAUUAAGUAGUCCUCAUGAUUCCAAAACUCGUAUGUUUAAUCCUUGUAUUUUAAAACUAAUAUGUAAAUCAAG